UAGUAAAAUGUUGUAUUUAUAUUACGUAUUAUUGUUCUGUGCAGAUUAAUGUAAGGGUUACCACUAUGGAUGCAGAGCUAGAGUUUGCCAUUCAACCGAACACAACAGGGAAACAGCUUUUUGAUCAGGUAGUAAAAACAGUUGGCCUACGAGAAGUCUGGUUUUUUGGAUUGCAGUACGUGGACAGCAAAGGGUACUCAACUUGGUUGAAAUUAAACAAAAAGGUAACACAGCAGGAUGUAAGGAAAGAAAAUCCAUUUCAGUUCAAAUUCAGGGCAAAGUUUUUUCCUGAGGAUGUUUCUGAAGAAUUGAUUCAAGAAAUAACUCAGAGACUCUUUUUUCUGCAAAUCAAAGAAGCCAUCUUGAAUGAUGAAAUCUAUUGUCCACCUGAAACUGCAGUUCUACUGGCUUCUUAUGCUGUUCAAGCAAAAUAUGCUGAUUACAAUAAGGAAAUACAUAAGCUAGGAUAUUUGGCCAAUGACAGACUUUUACCUCAGCGUGUUUUGGAACAACAUAAACUGACAAAAGAGCAGUGGGAAGAAAGAAUACAAAAUUGGCAUGAAGAACACAGAGGGAUGUUAAGGGAAGACUCUAUGAUGGAAUACCUCAAAAUUGCACAAGAUUUGGAAAUGUAUGGAGUCAACUAUUUUGAAAUUAAAAACAAAAAAGGAACUGAGUUAUGGCUUGGUGUUGACGCUUUGGGUUUGAAUAUUUAUGAACAUGAUGACAAGUUGACUCCGAAGAUAGGUUUUCCUUGGAGUGAGAUAAGAAAUAUAUCAUUUAAUGACAAAAAGUUUGUGAUAAAGCCCAUUGACAAAAAGGCCCCUGAUUUUGUGUUUUAUGCACCCCGUCUGAGAAUUAAUAAGCGGAUAUUGGCACUAUGCAUGGGAAACCAUGAGCUAUACAUGAGAAGGAGAAAACCAGAUACAAUUGAAGUGCAACAGAUGAAGGCCCAAGCUAGAGAAGAAAAACAUCAAAAACAAUUGGAGAGGGCCCAACUAGAGAAUGAAAAAAAGAAAAGGGAAAUAGCUGAAAAAGAAAAGGAAAGAAUAGAGCGUGAAAAAGAUGAAUUGAUAGAACGACUAAGACAGAUCGAAGAACAGACAAUGAAGGCCCAAAAAGAACUGGAAGAGCAAACAAGAAGAGCUCUAGAGCUAGAUCAGGAACGAAAAAAAUCAAAAGAGGAAGCAGAGCGCUUGGAAAAAGAACGAAGAGCUGCUGAAGAGGCAAAAGCUGCUCUAGCCAAGCAGGCAGCAGAUCAGAUGAAGAAUCAGGAACAACUAGCAGCAGAACUUGCUGAAUUUACUGCAAAGAUUGCACUUUUGGAAGAAGCCAAGAAAAAAAAGGAAGAAGAAGCUUCAGAAUGGCAACAUAAAGCUUUUGCAGCUCAAGAAGAUCUGGAAAAGACCAAAGAAGAACUGAAAACUGUAAUGUCAGCUCCGCCCCCCCCUCCACCCCCACCCCCACCAGUAAUUCCUCCCACAGAUAAUGAACAUGAUGAACAAGAUGAGAAUAAUGCUGAAGCAAGUGCUGAACUGGCUUCUGAAGGUAUUAUGAACCAUAGAAGUGAGGAAGAACGUAUCACAGAAACCCAGAAGAAUGAACGAGUAAAGAAACAACUUCAGGCUCUCAGUUCUGAAUUGGCCCAAGCCAGAGAUGAAACUAAGAAAACCCAGAAUGAUGUACUUCAUGCUGAAAAUGUUAAAGCAGGCCGUGAUAAAUACAAGACUCUUCGACAGAUACGGCAAGGCAAUACAAAGCAGCGGAUUGAUGAGUUUGAAGCAAUGUGAGAGCCAUUUCUUUGCAUGUCUGUUCUCCAUUAAAGUUGAACCACCAGCAGAGAAAUAUAGGCCUUUCCACAGAUGAAAGGAUCACACCUCACCUUGCCAAAGCACUUAUACCAGUUUGUGAUUAAAACAUAUUUCC